AUGAACGGAGUGGAGCGGCCACGAUCGUUGAGCCGCCUGACUGCCGGUGGAGGUGUUUCUGAGAGCGAUGCCGAGUACACCGAUGCCAACGAGAACAUCACUUAUGGUGACUCCCUCGACCUUCUAGACACAAUCGCCGAGACACAAAUAACAUUGAAUCUCUUCCUUAACAAUAAAUUCGAGCUGGCAGAAGAAGAAGUGAAUGGUGCAUUAGCUGACAAAAGCAUGUACCAUGCUUUGGGUCACAACACCAUCGUGUUCAUCAAGGCCAUGAUGACAUGUGACAAGGGUGACCUAGAACGAUCAAUGCAAAUAUCGAAGGAUGCUUGCGCCGUUAUUGAACGAUAUCGUCAGAAGUUCUCGAUCAGCGACACUUUUCUAAAUCUAGGAGGAAAACUGCCGAGGAAUCUCACUGAC